AUGGAAUCUAAUAUACAGUCGAAAAUUGUAAGCCGUUUAGCAAAGAAACAACUUUUAAAACCUCAUACAAAACAGAAUUCCCAGAUUAUUUUCCGACUAUUAACGAAGAAUCCUUGGAAGAAUCUUAUUUUUUGGAUUCUGACUCGUAAGUUCUGCGUUGUACCGGAAAAAAAGAGGGAAAACUGUGAAUGGAAUGGGGAAGACAUUUGGAUUAAUCACAGUGAAGUUGUUAUUGAAGAUAAAAAUGCCAUUCACGCAUUACCUACAUUUAUACAACAACAAACUCCACAAAUGACUUUGUUAAAAAUAAAAAGAAACAUCCAAUAUUUCUCGGAUUAUUGA